UCAACGGCUAAACCUCACUGCUUUCUCUAUCGAGACGUCCGCAGUCCACACCACACAUUAAUAAUCUCAACCAUCCCAUCACCAAACGAUGCCGUUCAACAGAAUAUCGAUUAGACCGUCGGAAGAUUCUCCCCUUGCAAUAUUCAAAGCUCCUUUAGCUGAAUUCAUCAGCACCCUUAUAUUUGUUUUCGCUGGGGAGGGUUCAGGCAUGGCCUUCAACAAGCUCACCGAUAACGGUUCCACCACUCCGGCCGGGCUUAUUGCAGCUGCAUUGGCUCAUGGUUUCGGCCUCUUUGUCGGCGUCGCCGUCGGUGCAAACAUCUCCGGUGGGCAUGUGAAUCCCGCCGUGACGUUUGGGGCGUUUGUUGGUGGACACAUUAGUUUGGUAGAUGGCAUUUUGUAUUGGAUUGGUCAGCUUCUUGGUUCCACUGUGGCUUGCUUGCUCCUUAAAUUUGCCACUAAUGGCAUGACGACCUCAGCAUUUGCUUUAUCUUCUGGAGUGACUGUGUGGAACGCUUUUGUUUUUGAGAUAGUGAUGACUUUUGCGCUGGUUUACACUGUUUACGCCACCGCCAUUGAUCCAAAGAAGGGCAGCGUUGGGGUCAUAGCACCAUUAGCAAUUGGCCUCGUUCUUGCAGCUAACAUUUUGGCCGGUGGGGCAUUUGAUGGAGCAUCCUUGAACCCAGCCAUGUCGUUUGGGCCCGCUUUGGUGAGCUGGGAUUGGACCAACCACUGGAUUUACUGGGCUGGGCCUCUCAUUGGAGGUGGGAUUGCUGGGCUUGUUUAUGAGACCUUGUUCAUCAGUCAAUCCUAUGAACCCAUACCCGUCAGUGAGGCUUAGCAGAAAAAUUAGCCCAAUGAUCUUAUGGAUGAGAAAUAGCCGCUUUUUGAUUUGUUGUGUGAAUGAUUUGAUUCCAAUUCUUGCUCUAUUUGUGGGCUUGACAUUGAUUUAUGCAUCAUUUUUAUUAUUGUAAUUGUUAUUACAUGGCCCAGCAUUUAAUUCAAGCAAAUGAUUAGUUUA